AUGCCGGAGAGGAGCGCGUUCGCCCGGAGGAGAGCGGCGGCGGCCGCGUGCGCGCUGCUGCUGCUGCUGCUGCUGAGUCAGCAGGUGUGCGCCGGUCCGUUGGCCCCACCGGUCCGGUCCGGCUCCGACCAGAGGCCGGAACCGAACGCCCCCUUGCCGAGGAGGAGGGCGGCCCGGAUGAGCCCGCUGUGGAGGAUCAUGAACAGCAAACGGGUUGGAGCUUACUGCCAUAACAACUACGAGUGCUCCAACGGGCUCUGCAGGGCGGGUCACUGCGCCGCGACCCCCCGCUCCAUCUCAGAGCCCGUGAACUACUAGACGUCGGAGAGGAGAAACCACCAGCGUGAAAAGGUUCUCA